CGUGUGACGUCGCAAAAUAAACCACACACAGACAAAUACACACAGUCACCUACUACGUAAACGCAAUAUUAUCGUGCCUACAAUAAUUCGUGUUCUGUUGUCCACAGUGAAAUACACAGGCAAACACACUCAUCGAAUAUUUACAGGUCGAGCCGAAAAGCGCUGAUCAAAUCAACACACAAAUCAUUUCACUAGUAGUUUUCUCUUCAUUUCGUUGUUUUUUUUUCAUUUUUAUGCCAUUUUGUGUGUAGCUGGUUUCGAAAUUGUCAAAGUUAUUAUUUGAAGCGAAAAAGUUGUCGCAUUUUCUUUGUCAAGUGCAGUUUCAUUUUCACAGUCGUAGUUGUUUUAAUUGCUUAUUAAAAAAAAAGAGAGUUCGGUUUUUUCGGUCAAUUUAGCGCAAUGGCUGCAUAUUUAUCAAAUAUUUCGAAAAUUGCCCGUACACCGGCCCUUACAUCAAAUCUUAAUCGCUAUGCCGCUCAAUGUUUAUCAACAUCAAGUGCAGCAUGUCAAAAGAGGACAAUUCAAGACAAAACUGGCAAAAAUAUCGUUCUGGUUGAUGGGGUGCGCACACCUUUCCUUCAAUCAUUCACCGACUAUUCUAAAUUGAUGCCACAUGAUCUGGCCAGAGAAUCGCUGAUUGCUUUGUUGCGAAAGACAAAGAUCGACAAGGAGUUGAUUGACUAUAUCGUUUACGGAACGGUAAUUCAGGAGGUGAAAACGUCGAACAUUGGCCGUGAAGCGGCUUUAGCGGCUGGUUUCAGCACCAAAACACCGGCACACACCGUAACCAUGGCAUGCAUUAGUUCGAAUCAGGCAAUCACAACCGGUGUUGGAUUAAUUGCCACUGGAACCUAUGAUAUCAUCGUGGCUGGUGGUGCCGAAUUCAUGUCAGACGUACCAAUCAGACACAGCCGUAAAAUGCGCUCUCUCAUGCUGAGGGCCAAUAAAGCAAAGACUCUCGUACAACGCUUAUCGCUCUUGGCCUCAAUUCGUCCAAGUUUCCUUGCACCCGAAUUGCCAGCAGUAGCUGAAUUCUCUUCAGGUGAAACAAUGGGACACUCAGCCGAUCGUUUGGCCGCAGCCUUCAAAGUGUCACGACAAGAGCAAGAUGACUAUGCACUUCGUUCACACACACUCGCCCAUCAAGCACAACAGAAUGGCUACUUGACCGAUUUGGUUCCGUUCAAAGUGUCUGGCGUUGACAAAACCGUUGACAAAGAUAACGGCAUUCGCGUUUCGUCCAAAGAACAACUGGCCAAACUUAAGCCGGCUUUCGUAAAACCAUACGGUACCGUUACAGCAGCUAACUCAUCAUACUUGACCGAUGGUGCAUCCGCAGCCUUGAUCAUGACCGAAGCCAAAGCCAAGCAGCUCGGUUUCAAACCAAAAGCAUACAUUCGUGACUUCACAUACGUUUCACAAGAUCCAGUCGACGAAUUGUUGUUGGGUCCAGCUUAUGGCAUUCCAACCAUUUUGAAGAAAGCCGGUCUCAAACUCAACGAUAUCGACACAUGGGAAGUGCACGAAGCUUUUGCUGGUCAAGUGUGUGCCAAUUUGAAAGCAUUGGAUUCGGAUUGGUUCUGUAAGAAAUACAUUGGUUUAGAUGGUAAAUUGGGACAACCAGAUUUGAGUAAGUGGAACAACUGGGGUGGUUCUCUCUCAAUUGGACAUCCAUUCGCUGCGACCGGGGUUCGUUUGGCCAUGCACACGGCAAAUCGUUUGGUUCGCGAAAAUGGUCAAUUGGGAGUGAUUGCUGCGUGUGCUGCUGGUGGCCAAGGUGUUGCCAUGAUCCUGGAAAGACAUCCCGAUGCAAAUGCCAAUUAAACAAACGAAAUAACCACAACCCCAUCAUCCCGCAGGGAUUUUGCACGUAUUUUAUACUUAAUUUAAAAAAAAGAAAAAAUAUUUGUUGUCAUAGCAUUUUGAGAGAUAUUUUGCGCACUGUUUUCCGAUAUCCUUAAAAAUAUCAAAUGAAAAACGAAAAAAAAACAAUACAAAAUGAUGUAAUACAUUAAUGUUAUUCAGAAAUGCAUGUGAAUUAAGCAAGUUAUUGAAAUAAAUAAUAUCCAAAUAUUUUCAUUA